AUGUGGGUAAUCUCUAGAUCUCUUUGCGAAGUUUAGAGAUCAAUGAAAUGGGUUGUCAAAUCGUCUCCAGCAGCUGUCACUUGGCGAAGUGGAAAAACAACUUUGUGGCUAUCUGGCGGCUAUCACUUGACAGAGAGGAGUUAGAUGAAGGUGGGGCACAUGUUAGGGAGCUUCAUCCUCAAGUCCACGCAGCAAGAGGAGGCUCUUCAUCGUAUCUAGUAUGCUCUCAGGAGGUGGCGACUCGUCUCUCAACGGAACGUCCUCUUCUCGAUGAUGUCUUGUUCGUUGAUCAAGUGGAGAUGAUUUACUCGAUAUAUUCACGAUCCUUUUAUCACAAAUUAUUUUAACAAUUUUAGUAACAAUAUUCCACAAAUCGCAUUGAUGAGAUUUUCGUCGAUGAUCAAGUAAUUCUGACGGCUUAAUUCUUCACUAGCGAUAUGUAGGAAAGUCACGAUUUAAUCAGAUAAAAAUAAGAGUUUUGCCUCUAGGAGGAUUCGAAUCCGUGCCGAUUACUCACUUGUAUGAGAAAGAUUGAAAUAAGUACUCUAAUGCCCUUAUGAAGUGACAUGGUAUAUCUUUGUUAUAAAGAAGGGGUAUUUUAGGUAUUAAAAUCUUCAAACCCUUUCGAGGGAAGGUGUGACGCGGAUUUAGUCCCACAUCGCUUGUGUGUCGAAGUUCGGGACGAAUAUAUAGUAAUAUUACAUUUGCAAGCAAUGAGUCCCUUUCACCCGCAUGUACGACCACUCCUUGCCUCACGAUCGGUUGACCACACACAUGUAUGACCACUGGUGAUGUGGAAGGGGGGUGGCACACACGUGCCCCCAUUAGUCUAUAGACACUUGAGCCCCUACUCACAAUUCCUCUCUAAUUGCGCUUCCGACCCACUUGUAGGCCCGGCUAGUAGAUGGGUCCCCUCCUUUUUCUAUCUUUUUAUUUUAUUUUAUUUUUCUUCAAUUAUCUCAAAAAUUAGAUUAUAAAAAUUAUAUAAAUUCACAUAAUUAGCUAAAAAAUCACAUUAAUCAACUUAAAAUCACUUUUCAUACUUUCACACAAAUAUAAGUUUAUUUAUCAUAAGAUAAGGCUAAAAAUAUAUUAUUUAUUAAUUAUUAACUCAUGAUAAUGAUGACUUAUUAGCAUCUAAGAUCAAUGAUGGAGAAAACAAAUUACAUGUCAUGUGCUACAAAGAAUCUUAGAGUCUCAUUGGAGGAGCCUAUGUCGCUAGAUGUCUUGGCUGAUGUCAACCUUUAGUCCUAUUAGCACUCUAAUAGGGUUUAUCUCCAAGGUUGAUGUUCCAUCUAGAGUUGGCAUGAUGGCAAGAAGAACUUGACCUCUUGAUUGAAGACACUCUUGAGCUUGUAGCAUUUGUGAGGAGAAUGUCACGCCCUCCUAGAAUUGGUGUACCAUAGGUUGUCCUUGUGUUCGCCCUUCUUUACUCCUACACUUGGUUAGUGUGUUGGACCUCCUCCUUCUCUAUGCUUAACCACAAAUGCAGUGUUAUUUGUGUUUGAAUUUGAUCAUACUCAAGAUUAAGGCCACUGAGGAAUUUGUAAAUCUGAUCAAUCUUAAUGUAUUUCUUGAAAAAGGUUAUAUAUUGUGGAUCUAUUGUGAUAAUUGGCUUAUAUGGAUCAAUUUUGAGCCAUAGACACUCUAACUCAAUCACAUAUUUUUAACUGAUUUUGUGGUAUAUGUUACACUCAUAACAUUUGAUAGAAGUCAAAAAGUUUGCUGUCCAUAAAGUUCAUUUGAAAAUGCUUUGUUAGCUUUUUCCCAAAUAUCUCUUACAGUCAAAAGAUACAAAUAAUUUUGCAUUAAUUUCUAAGGUUAUGGUGCUCACGAGCCAUGACUUAAUUAUAACAUCCUCUUUAUUCCAUAGCCUAAAUCAUACAUCUCUUGAUUCAAGUGCUAGAUCUAAGAUGUGGUCUACUUUUAUUUUGUCAGAAUCAGCUCAAUGAACUCACUCACUCCAUUAGAGUAAGUUAUUGUCAUUCAAUUUGAAUUUACUCAAAAUGUUUGCAACUCUAAGGCAUAUUUGAUUAUAUUAACAAUCUAAGGUACUAAAGAAGCUAUAUUUUCUAAAUUUUGUGGCAUAUCUUGGUUCCCUAAGUUGGUGGGGUAAGACUCCUGUCCAUUUUCCCCUCUCGAGCUUUGUCCUCUCUCCUUCAGCUGCUACAUCAGCUUAUUUAAGACUUCUUCUCCCAUCCAUAUUUUUGGAUAAUCAAUAUACCAUAGAAUUUGUAUGAAAGUACUGGAGAAGGACAACAUGUUCAAUAAAAAUUUGAGCAAAAAUUAACUUACUGUAUGCUAUUUUAAUUCAGUAAAAGAUAGUACUCAUAAAUCAAAAAGGCAUGGAUGGAAUUUAAUGUCGUGCUGAAAUAAACUGAAACAAGGUAAAACAAGAGAUCUAGAUGGACUGAAAAUAACUGGCAUAAAAUAAAAUUCAGCAGAACAAAAAGAAAGUAUUUAUAGAUUUUUAGAAUUUCAAAUAUAGAACAAAGAACUAACAAAAUUGAUGCCCAUUGAAAUCAAAAUGAAAUGUAGUACUAUGCAUAGUUCUAUAUUAUGAUUUUUUUUUUUGGUUUUUAAAGAACGAUGGAAAUAAAUUGUAAGAACACAAAUGUGCUUAAAAUCAGAAUCCUUCAAAAUUAAUAUAAAUCACCAAUUGUGAAAAUUCUCCCGGGCAAUGGCACCAAAAAAUUAAUAGCUCUUAAGUCUCUAUUAUUUAUAAACUGAUUUUUACAAGAAUAGUUUUUUGAUGAAUUAGAGGAAAACCAGGUCGAACACAAGGAGAGUUUUGAAUUAGUUGAUGUAUAUUAAUUAAUAAUCAUAUUCUGAUUUGUUUACUCUCUGAAAUCUAGCAGCCAUGAAUACAAAUAUUUAAUGCACAUUGAGAGGAAGAUUUCUCUCAAGGUUCAACUGGCUACCUUGUAAGUAAAUUACAGAUAACCGGUAGGGAUGAUUCCCCACUUCCUUCAACAACUUUGACUAUUCAAAAUCGACGAGACAAAGGGGGGUAGAAUUUCACAAAAUUUAGAUUGUAUUAACUAGGAUAAAAAAAGUUUGAUUACAUAAAUCAAAGGAACAAAACGAAAAUGAUUUCUCCCUCUUGUUUUGACAGAUGUGGGGAGAGAAUAGCGGCCUCACAUAGGGGCAUCUUUGGUUGAUCCUCUUCUUUUUGUGCCAAGGGAGGAGACCCACGAUCAUUGCCAGUGCAGUUAUCACCAAAAGGGGGGGAAGGGACGAGCUGGCCCACCUAUGGUGUGCUGUGGGUGGCUCCAAGGGAGAGAGGAGGAGCAAGCCAUCCCUAUGGUAAAAAAGGGACAGACCAAAGGAAGAAAAGAGGAAUGAGAGGGCUGAUCGUGAAUGAGGGUUUCUCAGCCAGCAGCUGGUCCUCUUUUGGAAUCAUAUGCCCUACUGUAGACAUACCCUUUAUGCCCCUCUCUAUGUAAAAAUAACAAGUCAAUUUUACAGUUUUAACUUUUUAUGUUCACUAAUUUUUCAAUAGUCCAUGAUGAAACUAAGAAAAUAUGUAUGCUCAUGCUCAUGCAUCAUAAUUAUCUAUUAAUCAUCUUUCCUCCAACAACUAUUAAUCAUAUACUUCUCUUCUCAUUUAUCUUGAUGUUCUCAUCCUAGUAGAAAAUAGGAAAAUGAUACAAUUUAGAAACCAUCAUGUGAAAAUGCAGAAGUAGAAUAGUAAAUGUGUACUCAUCAUAUUUCUAUAUUACUAAGGAAUUAAAUAUUAAUCUUCUCGCCCCUUUACUAUAAUGAUUGCUCAAAUUAUCAAGCCCCAAUGAAAUAGAUUAUUGAGGAUGAUCCAUUAACCUUCACAGUGGGAAGGAGAAAAUAUGGUGACAAGUAGGAGGGCAAAGCUGAAGCACAUGAGGGUGACUGAGGGAGCCAUCUCAAACCUUUUCCCACUGCCGAACUAUUGCUCCUUCAUAGGUAGAAACGUCGUCUCUUGCAUAUUUAAAUACUCCCAAGGAAGAAGGCCACUAUUGAUACAAUAGUGUCCUUCUUUGGGAGUAAUUUCUGGUUUCCAGGUCAACUCGCUAAAACUUUGAGAGAAAAAUUCACCUAAAAAUUUACAGGAGAGGAUACCACGCAUGGGAUUGACAAGCUGCACGCCAUGUGCCCAUUGAGGCGUUGAAAAUUGUUGCUUGAAUGGUGGCUUAGUGGAGGGAAGUAGGUCAACUUUGAAAACAGCUGGUGUGGUGAUGGAAAAGGCAUUUACACGAAUCAUAUCUUACAAAUUUGACAUUUGGAGCAUUGUAUCUUGAUAUUAAUCUAAAUGUGGAACUCCCAUCAGGAUAUUAUCUGACCUCCAUUUUGAGUGCAUCAUUUGAGUGAUCACAAUUUACUUAGUCUUCCUUUCUAUUCAAGAACAUGAAUGAUCUUAUGAAUCCCAUGGUACUCAAAUGGGUGGUUUUGCAAAAAUGUCUAGGGCUAUGAUGCAUAAAGGACAUUCUAUCAGCGCAUUAAAAUAUUUAAAUGCGAGUACAUUUGAUUAUAAAAGUCUGAUAUUUAUGCAAAAAAUCGUAUUAUUAAUCUUCCUACGUCAUAAUCUAACAUUUAUUGAGAACUUUCAUGCUCAUCAAGGCCCAUGCUCACAUAAUUUGCAUGAAAAUACUUUGAAGGAUUGUCUAUUUCAUAUAUUAUCAUAGGAUGGAAAGUCUUGAACAUUUUUGUUCUCGAAUUUAUUUAUUUUGUAGCAAUUUUUUUGCAUACCUUAUUUAAAUGUUCCAUAUCCAAACAAAUUUAAAGUUUAUUUAUUAACUCAAGUGAAAAUUGUGAUCUAUCAUUUCUUCAUGAAAUUAAGGAGGGAAACAUUUAUCUUAGAACUUUUUUUUAUUAACUUUAGUUAAAUUGCAUAUUUAAAAAAUAUGACAUGAAAGCAUUUUUAUUAUCAUUAAUUUCUUUGAAGCUUUGUCAAAUAGGGUGACCAUAAGUUGGCCAAAUGGAACUUCUACAACAUCAGCAAUUAAUUACUUUAAAGUGAUUAGACUAUUAAUACAAAAUAGAAUUUUUAAGUUAUAUAUUUUUCUUGUGAUUCUUCAUCCUUGUCAUUAUCACUUUACUUAAGACUUUGGGAUUAAUUCCUAAAAAUAUAUCUAAUUGUCAAUUAUGUAUGUUGUAAAAUUUUUUAAAUAAAGAAUAUGUUAAAUGCCACAAAAAUAUUAAAAAAAUACAUUUUAUGCCUUGAUUAAAAAAGAUGAUCUCUCUCUCUCUCUCUCUCUCUCUCUCUCUCUCUCUCUCUCUCUCUCUCUCUCUCUCCAAUACUCAUUUCUUGUUGACAACCCAAGACACCUUCCCACCAUGGAAGAAAUCCCUAGUCUCUUGUUGCAUAGAUGGUACUUGGGUGGCCAGUUGCCAUGAGAGAUUUGUGAAGAUUGUUUGUCUCGGUAGCAGCCCCGUGUGUAGAAACCUGAGGAAGAGGGUGCAUUGACAUAAUAGUAGUGUCUCUAGAUGAAAUGGGUAGGUUCCUAAGAGCACAACAUUUGAGAAAGAAGUUGUGUCGAGAUCUCUCUCUCUCUCUUUGUCUCUCUCUCUCUAUUUUACAGCUUCUAGUAAUUUUGCGCACCAUGGGAAUCAAUGUCAUCUUCCUCUCCUCUGCUUUGCUCCCUACUUGACCCCAGGUGUUUGGAAGUUGGGAAAUGGUCGAAGAAGUGAAGCUUGACACAUGACCCAUCAAAUGGGGUCACAAAUCUCCUACGAGCCCAUAGAUAGUCCUUACUUUCAGGCUUCUUCAAGCCUCAUAAGAAUGUUAGUUAAAGCUAGAUUUUUGUGUUUUAACUAGUUUUAUUAUUUGAUUUUAUUUUUUUAACUUGUAGAAUAAAUAUAAGAUACAUUGUUAAUUUUAAAAGUCUGAAGUUAAAAUACUUGGCAUAAUUUUUUAUUAAAAGAAUAAAAUAUAAAAACUCUUCGGCCUACUAACAAGUCGGCACUUAGUAGUUGACUUGGAGGGGGGCAGCAGUCGAGUGGGUAGACCCAGACUAGGGGAGCCACGAGCUGGGCUUGAGUGGCAAAGGCCUCGCUUGGUGCAUGUGUGCGUCACUCCCCUUCCACGUCCUAGUGGCCAACUAGUCGUGGGGCGAGCGCCUAUACACACAUGCACGUGCGAGGGUGGACCACCUUUUUGUCUUCUCCCAAGAUGGUCCUAGAGAUUAUUUUAUUUUGGGAGAAGGGAUCUCUACUAAGAGAGCGUAGCUUUAGUUUAUAUUCGACACAUGCGUCUAAAAUAUUUUUGAUGUGGGAUUAAAUAUUUUCGUUUGUUUCAGCAUAGCCAUUUGAAGUGCGGUGCGAUCUAGCAGUACACAGCGAGCCACAUCAUUAGAUUAGCCAUAUCCUAUGGCUGAUGAACUGCCACGAUACUAGAUGCGUAAAGUGAUCCAUCAGUGGUUCGUGAAUCUGACGCCAAUCAACAUGCUCGUGACCUUAAAGGAUGAUCCGAUGGCUUAGGAUGUGCCAUAGUACUAGGGACUUAAGUUAUUGGUCGGCAGUGGUUCAGGGCAGGUUGAUCCCACGUCGCUCAGAGUGCCAUGUGACCAAACAUAUAUGAUCCAGCAGCUCAUGAAGUACUGUAAUACUGAGAACUUAAGUCCUCACACAUCAUCAUUAGUGACAUAAAGAUAAUAAUCAAUUGUUGUUUGGUAAAACAAAUAUUAUCAGUUAUCUUUAAAAUCUCGACAGUAGUCGUGAAUAUGGCAACCCCUUCUUCCCUCCUUUUGUGCAAUCAACAUCUCUGGUGAUCAACAAGUUCGUUCCUUCCUCCCCCAACUGUACUUGAGGCCUUUGACAAGUGGUCAACUCUUCCCUUCUCUCCUCAAACAACAGUGACAAUGUGGUCGACCCCUCUUUCGAUGGAUCUUUCGGCAAGUGGUGUAGCAUUUUUGGACAAUACUUCUGUGACUUUCGAUGUGGUGUGACAUGUUCGGACGAAACCAAGCCAUCACACCGGUGUCUCUAGUUGUCCAAGAGGCAGACUAAACUUGGGCAAUGAUUUAUUUCCUACUUUCAGUAUUUACUUACAUGCUUUUGUCAUUUAUUAUAUUUUACGGUAAGUUCUUUCUGUCUCAUGCAUGUUUCGAUUGAAAUAAGUAGAACUAAUUCAAAACUUGAUGAGUGAUCUUUGUUCUUCUUUUGAAUCCUCUGAAACUCAUCUAAGAUCAAGUUAAGAUCAUUUUCAACUUGUUUUCUAUUAAUUUUUGCAGUUAAAUCUUGAUGUAUUCACAUUCUCAACAUUCUACAAAUAACGAGUAUUUUUCUAUUUUUGAACCUGAAAUCACUGAGAUUAAAGGCUAAUUAAUGAGCAUUAACAAACUGAAGACAUUUAUGGCUGACCUCAUGUCAUGUGUGUGAAUCUUCGAGCACACAUUCAUAUGAGAAUAAUGGUCACCGUGAAAACGGGUUGACCGUAUUUCUCUCUUUCUUCAUUUUUGUUUUAUUUAUCUCUCUCCCUCUCUCGUGAGACCUCUCUUCUCUCUCCGUCUCUCGUAAGAUCUCUCCCUUUCUCUCUCUCUCUCUCUCUCUCUCUCUCUCUCUCUCUCUCUCUCUCUCUCUCAAUUUAUCUCCUUCUCUUUCUCUCUCUCGAUUGAUCUCCCUCUCUCCUCCUCUCUCUUUCUCUCCCUUUCACGAGAGAUCUCAUCCAUUCUCUCUCUCUUGAGAGCUUUCUCUUUUCCUCUCUCUUUCUCUCUCUUUCACGAGAGAUCUCAUACCUUCUCUCUCUCAAGAGAGCUUUCUCUCCUCUUCUCUCUUUCUCUCACUUUUGUGAGAGAUCUCAUCUCUUCUCUCUCUCAUGAGAGCUUUCUCUCCUCUCUCCUUCUCUCCAUUUUGCGAGAGAUCUCAUCCCUUCUCUCUCUUGUGAUACCUUUCUCUUCUCUUUCUCUUUUAGUCCUUCCUUUUCUCCACUUUCCUUCCUUUAUUCUUCUCAUCUCAUCCUUCUAUUUUUUUUAAAAUAUUAAUAAAAUAUUAAAAUCACUUUAUAUAUAAACUAAAUUAGUUUUUAUGACAGAUUAAUCAAUAUCAUUCAAAGCAUCAACCACCACUGACAUGGGGGAAAUGCUGGUUGUUUCUUGACAUAGGUAUAUACAAGCAAGACCAUUAA